GGUAGUGCACCAGUAGAACCAGAGCAGGUGGAAGGACACACACUGGAGAGGAGGCAACAUCACUGGACACUUUAACGGCGCAACGUUAUAAUUUGAUCACAGUUCCAGGAAGAAUGCAUUACGUCGUCGUCUUCGCUCUGCUCCCAGCAUGCAUCUUGGUUGCUCAGGCAGCCUCCUUCUACUCGGCACCAGAGGGGUCAGAACCCACCUACUCCUUCUCCUCACCAGUGGGCUCAGGGAGCGGCUCUUCAUAUGUUCUGUCUGGAGAAGGUCGGAUCACGGCUGUCCGAGUGUGGGAGAACUACAACAACUAUAUUUACGGCAUCCAGAUCCGCCACGGCUUCACCUGGUCCAGUGUUGCUGGUUACAGUUAUGGAACUCCCCAGGAGAUUGAGCUGCGUGAAAAUGAAGCCAUCAUCCAGAUUUCUGGGAAAUACGCUCACUACCUGCGGUCUCUUAUUUUCACCACCAACCAAGGCCGUACGCUGUAUGCAGGUCAGCCCUAUGGCCACUCUUUCAACAUGUACCCCGAGCAUCCACAGGCUGAGCUGCUGUUCGUCAGUGGACGCUAUCAUGGAGCCCUGACCGCCAUCGCAGCGCACUGGGGCACUCCUGGGUCAUUUAUAAGCAACAGCACCAGGCACUGAGAGGGAGUUAAUGUUGAAGUCAAUGCUAAUGCAGCUGUGCAAAACCAGAACUGAAGAGGUUUACCGUAAUUAUGAAUGUUGGAAAAUAAAAAAUAAAAACUUAUCUGCAGCUGAUUGUUAUAUCUUCAGUUCAUUUUGUUUUUCUCUUAGUUAAAUCUUUUUUUUCCGUCAUUGCUGUAAAUUCUUUGAAUCAUUUAAUACUUCUGUGAAAAAAGUUUAAAACACAUGUAGCUCUGUAUCACUAAAUGACUUUAUUCUUUUCUUGAUUUUUAUUCAGAAACACAUGGAAUAAAUACUUUUGUGCGCAUGCA